AUGGCUGCUUCCAGUGCUUCUGAGGUUGCAAGUUCCAGACUGAAGAGAAACUCGGAUGACAUGGCAUGGGAGUUUGCUAUGCUGAUUGAUCCAGAUGAUCUGCAAAGAGUCAAGUGCAAGCUUUGUGGAAAAGUGAUGUCGGGAGGUGUGACUAGGAUGAAGCAACACAUUGCUCAGAUCAAAGGGUCAAUGACAAGUUGUAUGCAAGCCACACUAGAACAGCAAGCUCGGUGUAAGGAUGCAUAUGAGGCGCCAAAGAAGAAGAAGAAGCAAAAGCUACAGGAAGAAAAUGAAGUAAGAGCCUUGGUGACCAUAGAGGCCAAUGAGGAAGAUCAAGCAGAGCUUAAUGAAGUUGGCAACAGUGACCCAAAGAAGGGGCCUAUGGAUCAAUAUCUUGCUCCAAUUGACCCGUCGAUCCCAUUGAACAUGAAAAGGUUUCAACGGAAUAUAAAUGAUAGUGUUGAUAAGGAGAGAAGCUAUAGAGUAGGGCAAUAUUUGGCUAGAUGGCUGUACAAGAAAAAUGUACCCUUCAAUGCUAUCAACGAUGAUGACUUCAAACAAUUUUGUGAGGCUCUUGGUCGUUAUGGUCCAAAUUGGAGGCAACCUUCACAAUAUAUGAUUCGAGAUAAGAUGUUGUUGCAGGAGGUUGAAAGGACCAAAGAUUUGUUGAAGCCACAUGAUGUUGAGAGGGCAGAUACGGGGUGCUCUAUCAUGACUGAUGCUUGGACAUACAAGAAAAGAAGGAGCAUCAUGAACUUGUGUGUGCAUUGCAAGUUAGGAACAAUCUUUCUUGGAUCGAAGGAGGCGUCGGCUGAUGCACACACAAGUCAAUACAUCUUCGAUUAUGUAGAUGAGUGCAUUGAGAAAAUUGGGGCUGAUAAUGUUGUUCAAGUGGUCACGGAUAAUGCAUCAAACAAUAUGGGAGCUAAGGGGAUGUUGAAAAUUAAAAGGCCCAAGAUAUUUUGGACCUCAUGUGCAACUCAUACAAUUAACUUGAUGGUCGAAGCAAUUGGCAAGUUGAAGCAUUUUGGUCCUGCAAUAACCAAAGCCAAGGAGAUGACAAUUUUCCUUUAUGCUCAUCAUGCCACAUUGGCAUUGAUGAGAUCUUAUACAAAGAAGAGGGACAUUGUUAGGCCGGGAGUGACCAGAUUUGCUUCGGCAUUUCUUACAUUGCAAAGUCUCGCUGCUAAGAGGAAGCAACUAACGGAGAUGUGCUAUAGUGACACUUGGGAAGAAUGCAAGCACACCAGAACAAAGAAAGGAAAGGUGGCUCACGCCACAAUAAUGAGUAGGGCAUUCUGGAAAAAUGUGUCUCUUUGCAUCAAGGUUUUUGAGCCAUUGGUGAAGUUACUUCGGUUGGCUGAUAGUGAUGGGCAGUCCAUGGCCUCUAUGUAUGGACAAAUAAUAGAGACAAAGAAGGCAAUAGUGCUUGCGGUUGAAGGUUCGGAGAAGGAUUACAAGUUAUACUACCACAAGUAUCUUCACCGAUGUAGAAGUCAUGUCCGGGUUGAUGGAUGUUAUUGA